AUGUGCUUCGAGCUCAUGAAGGAGGGCCUGGUGGGCAAGUUCCGCUGGAUUGGCUCCCUGCUGCGUAUCGUGCACAGCGGCCCGGAGCAAACGUCGGAGUAUCAGGAGGCGACCACCUUCAUGCCAGUCUCGUCCCCCGGACAGCUGCAGCAGCAACAGCAACCACAGCAGGCCGGCGAGGGUGAGAAACGCUGCGCGGACUCGAUUGCCACAGCCUCACCGCAACCAGGAAAGUCCCCAUUGAGUCUGCGACCGCGUAGCGCCAGUGGUAAGCCCGCUGGCAAGCAUGGAGGAGGAGCAAAGAGGAGCCCGUCUGCCCAGUCGAUUGAGGAGCCGGGCAGCAUGGGCGAGGAGAAUGCAGCCUUUGAGAAUGAGGCUGAGGGCUACAUUGAAGCAGACGAGGAGCAGUUUCCGACGGAGGUCGAGGAGGAUUAG